AUGUCGGAAUCGCAACCCUCCCAAACCCCCGCUCCACAAAACCGUGGCGGCGGUCGUCGGCGCGGCCGCGGCGGAGCCCGCCAAUUCGAUCAGUCCGAUAUCCCAGAUGGCCCCGGAUGGGGAUCGAGAGCAAGAGGUGGUGGUCCGCGUCGCGGAGGUGGAGGCCGAGGAGGUCGUGGCGGGCAAAAUCGCGGCGUUGGUAAGCUAGAUGGUGCUGCAGAGGAUCCUGGAGCUGCCACGGGCCAGACCCUGUUAGACUCUACUACGCAAGAAUUGAAGGCAAAGGCAGCAGAGGAGGCCGAGGAUGAUGCCGACGACGCCGAGAUUUGCUUUAUCUGCGCUUCGAAGGUUGAGCACAACUCGGUAUCACCAUGCAACCACCGCACAUGUCACAUCUGUGCGCUGAGAUUGCGCGCGCUGUACAAAAACAAGGCCUGCGCACACUGUCGUACUGAGGCCAGCUAUGUCAUUUUCACAGACGACCCCGCAAAGCGAUACGAGGAUUUUACGGACGGCGAUUUUUCUCAGAAAGAUGAGAAUCUGGGUAUCAAGUACGAGCAGGAUGAGAUCUUCGAGGACACAGUCUUGUUAUUACGGUACAACUGCCCGGAACGAACCUGCGAUGUGGCUUGCUUGGGAUGGCCGGAUUUACAUCGGCAUGUCAAGAGUAAGCAUGGCAAAGUAAUGUGCGAUCUAUGUACUCGAAACAAGAAAGUCUUCACCCAUGAGCACGAGCUCUUUACUGUUUCCGAACUACGCAAGCAUGAAAGAUACGGCGAUGAUGUUCCUGGAGCUCUUGAUCAGAGUGGUUUCAAGGGUCACCCCGAGUGUGGUUUCUGUCGUCAAAGAUUCUAUGGAGACGAUGAGCUAUACGCUCACUGCCGUGACCGCCACGAAAGGUGUCACAUUUGCGAUCGUCGAUCCACAAACCGACAACAGCAAUACUAUAUUGACUACAAUGCACUAGAACAUCAUUUCGGAAAGGACCACUUUCUUUGUCUGGACAAGGAGUGCUUGGAGAAGAAGUUUGUAGUCUUCGAGUCACAGAUGGAUUUGAAGGCUCAUCAGCUUGAGUCUCAUCCCAAUGGACUUUCGGGACGUGAUGCGCGCGUGGACAUGACCGCUUUUGACUACAGAACACCAUAUCAACCUCCGCGACAGCGCCGUGGUGCUGGCCGUGGACGUGACCCGAACGCAGACACGGCUCCGUUAUCAACUGUGCAACCGCUGACGCGAGCCGAGGUUGCAUAUCAGCGACAGAUGGCUAUUCAAAGUGCCCAGUCAGUCUCGACGCGAAGUUUCGGUGGCCAGCUCUCUCGCGACGAAACACAGGCUGUGCGUGCUCCUCCACGGUCUGCCGGGCCUACUCCUACUCGAACACCACCUGCCCCCGCUACACCGGUGAACGAGAUGGAAGAUCUGAACAUCACCUCUGCUACUCCUGAAGACCGAGCCCGCCGCCUUCGACACACUGCCGUUAUUGAGCGAGCAUCAAACCUCCUCGGAAACGAUCAAACAAAGCUUAGCGAAUUUCGCUCACGAGUGUCAAGUUACCGCACCUCUCAAAUAUCCGCCACCGAACUCAUUGAUGCUUUCUUCUCUCUCUUCGACACAUCCAGUUCCGAACUUGGCAAGCUCAUCAAGGAGCUCGCAGAGAUCUACGAGGAAGACGCGAAGAAAAGCUCGUUGCUGAAAGCCUGGAAUGAUUGGCGCGCAAUCAACGAGGAUUACCCAGCUCUUCCAGGUCCUGGCGGUGUAAUUCCAGGCAUGGCUCCUGGCACAGUCAACACCAGUGGCACCGGUGCUCGGCGCGUUCUUCGAUUGAAGUCCUCAACAGCUCAGUCCUCUCGUGCCGCUGCUGGCCGAAGUGGCUCAGCGUCCUCUGCAAGCAACCCUUUCCCUCCCCUCUCGUCCUCAUCACGCCCUACACCUCGAGCUACCGCUACUGCCGCUGCUUGGGGCGGCACUACAAUUGCAGCACCUCCUCCCACAUCGCGGUCCUACGCCAAUCCAUCAUCUCGUUCGAAUGCUUCAUCUAGGCCUUCAGGUUCGGUCAACACCCGAGACUCCGAAGCGUUCCCGUCCUUACCGGCCGCACCUAAACCAAAUGUCCUCAUGGCGGGACUUACACGCGGUACCGUCCGCUGGGACGACCGUCGGCCACAACCAGCCAAUGCCUGGGCUUCGUCGGCAGACCCAGGUCCUGGAUCUUCUGCGGAAGAUUUUCCGGAUCUCUCUGCUGGCACGGGGAAGAAAGGAAAAGGAAAGAAGGGCAAACAAACACUCUUCCAUUUCGGCUGA